CACACCCAACCCACGCGCACACACACCCGCAUUGGAUCCCAUCUCUCUCGUCUUCCUCGAUCCCCUUUCUCCACCCCACGCUGCCGCCAGAUUUCGACGAUCCCCGCCGUUCCCCACCGCCCAGCUCUCCUCCUGGUGGUCACCUAUCCCUGCUCACCAUCUCCACUGACCGGUUUCUCUCCUUGCCCAGGAGAGUCCCGCCUCCUCGCCGCCAAGGCCGCCGCCGCCCGCCGCCUCGAGUGGCGCUGCCUCCUCCUCGAGCGACGCGCCGCAGACCUCGCCUCCCGUGCCUUCGCCGCCCGCGCUGACAUCGACGCCACCCACACACGCCAGGGUGCCUCUUCCUUCGACGACCACGCCACCCAGCGCCACCAGCACGCCGCCGCACCACCACCGAGCUUCCAGCUCUCCCUGUCCCAAUCGCCUCCUUCCUCCGGCAACCACGCCACCCAGCGCCACCAGGAUGUCGCCGCACCACCACCGAGCUUCCAGCUCUUCCCGUCCCAAUCCCCUCCUCCGGCCGGCCGCUCCUCCCUCUCGUCGGUCAAAGGUGACAUUUUUAGUAGCCGGGGUGAUCGAUUCGUGGCGGCGGUGCUCGAUUCGUGGGCGGCGGUGCUCGAUCCGUGGACAGCGGUGCUCAAUCCAUGUUGGAGCAGCGGGAGAAGGAGGCCAGGGUGGAGAUCGUGGUGCGGGAGCGGGAGCUCGGCGAGACGGUGGCGGUGGCGGGGGGGCAGCUCCGGUCGUCCACGCUCCUCGUCAGCCUCCAUGACAAGAGCUUCCUCUACAGGCAACUGAAUAAAUUCAGCUAUCUGAACUCGCUGGGAGCUGCCAGGCUAUGAAUUUGCUUCUGUUCUCGUGACUUUUUGUCAGACCGCCGAGCCCGUACGCCGGUGUGAGCUUCCUGGGCUGCCGGGUGCUCGCCGUCCGGCAGCAGACCACAGUGCGACACGGGGGCGGUGGAGGCCGAGCUCACCCAGCUCGAGACCAUACGGUGGCAGUAGGAGACUGAGCACCAUGUGGUGUGGGCGCCGAUUCAAAAUCACUAGCGAGUCCUACUUCAACUGCAAUGCAAUGGGAAAAGAAGCAAGGAGUACAAGGAACACACAUUAUGUUAACAGAAUGAGCGUCUUGAGCUGGUGCGGCGUUCGUGCGGGGCUGGUGCACGAGGUAGGAGCCAGCUGCACUCGCCUCUUCUUCCCCAGAGGGUGCAGGAGACGUUCCUCGCCCACACUUAAUUCAGUGAAAAGAUUCAUGUGAAAGAAAGAGAACUCGAGCCAAGGUGAUGGUGAUGGAAAUGAAUGAAAGAAAGAGAAGCUAGUAAAUAAAGAAACUGAGAUUUAGUUUGAUUUGGAGCGCCUCUUGUUGUACCAUAGUUCCUUCUCUUGGAGUAGUACUUGUACAACAGGUUUUGGAUUGGGAGGGGAAAAUGCUCUUCCUUCAGUCUCUGUUGAAGUCAAACCCAUCCAUGCAAAAUAUGUACUGUAGUACAAUUAAUGUAGAUGAAUAUAUAUGCCUUGCAGUUUUAUCGUGCAUGCCAUUCAACUAACUUGCUCUUGUCCAUGCAGAUGGAGUAGGAGGACGAGCAGCAGCAGCAAAUCAGCCUGAUGAUGAUGGGGUGCAGAAGGCAAUGGUGAUCAUGCUGAUGGCAUGAAGAAGGCUGAUGACCACAACCUGGACCUUUUGGCAUUUAGAGAUGGAAAACACAGGCGGCGUGGAGACAACAACCUGGACCACCCACCUCCCUUGCCUUUUUAAUUUUGGUUGUGGUGGUUGCAUCACCGUCGCGGUCGCAAAUCAGUAUGUAGUGUGCUUGUGGAGUUGGGUCUGGACUGCAGUGUCCAUCUAGUAGGUUAGGUGUUGUUGCUGCUAGAUCCCAUGAUGCUCACCUAAGUUUUGUGUUAUGUGGAGGCCAACCUUUGUGAUCUUAUUUGUCGACACUUGUGUGAUCUCGUCUUACUUUGUGAUACAAGUUGUACGAUAUAUAUGUUUUUAUGGAUGAUCUUAUGA